AUGGCUUCAUGUGUUAUUUGUUCACUAAUCUUGAAACGUGGUCAAACCGAUUGUAUUACAUGCACUACAUGUAAUAGCCUAUUCCAUCAAAAAUGCGUUUCACUUAAGCAAGAAGAAGUUGAUCAACUAAAAAAUGGUAAAAAAAUCUGGUCUUGUAAAAGCUGUGUAGGAAAACCUAAGAGCCCUAUACUAACUACACCUCAACCAGUCUCUCCUUCCCUUACUUCUACAAACUCAACUAAUAUUAAUUUAAUUUUAACAAAAAUUGAAUCACUCUCUUCUGGACAAUCUAAACUUAUCGACCUCGUUAACAAACAAAAUGAGAAAUUAGACUCUUUUGAAAAAAAAUUAUCUGAAUUAUCUUUACAACUUAUCUCUAUCAAAGAAGAAAAUAAUCUACUUCGAAAUAAUUUAAACACUCUAACGAAACGGAUUGAAAUUCUUGAAAUAAAUCGUACUACUCUUAAUGAUGACAUUUUUUCCGAUUUUAUUGAUCGCCAGGCACGUUCAAAAAACAUUAUUUUGUUCAAUGUACCUGAAAUACCAGACAAUACUAAUAACUCAGAUACAUCAACUGUAAAUCUUAUCCUUCAAAAUCUAAAUCUUAACAUAAAACCAGUUACAGUCCAUAGACUUGGAAAGUCGAACGUAAAAACUCGUCCCCUUAAAGCCACAUUCAAUACGGCUUCAGAUGUUUUUAAAAUUCUGGGUUCAUCUCGUCAUUUAAAAUCUAAUCAGACUUUCAAUGAAGUAAGAAUCACAAGUGACAAAACUCCAAAGCAGCGUGAAUACUUUCAAAACCUACGUACAGAAUUAAACACUCGUCGCUCAAAUGGUGAAUCCAACUUAUCAAUAAAAUAUCACAAGGGCAUUCCAUCAAUAGUCUCUUCUACCAAUCAAAAAAACUCAUAA